AUGAAGGUCGCGGUUGCUCUUACUCUCGUUGCGGGUGUACUCAGCGCACCCACCCCUACUUUCUGGGGCCCCGGCUGGGGAGACGGAUCCGCUAGCGCUGAAGGCUCGGCCGGUCUCAGCGGCUCAGCCGGCUUAAGUGGUUCCGCUGGGAUUGGUGGCUCCGCUGGUCUCGGAGGCUCUGCUGGUCUCGGCGGCUCUGCUGGCGCGUCGGGUUCCGCCUCAGGUUCUGCUGACGCUUCUGCUUCUGGGUCUGCGGACGCCGAGGGAUCUGGUGAUGCGGAGGGCUCAGCUGGCCUGGGCGGAUCGGCCGGUCUCGGGGGCCACGCUGGUCUAGGUGGCUCUGCAGGAAUUGGUGGUUCAGGUUCCGCUACCGGGGAGGCUGGUGCAUCUGCGUCCGGCGCUGCUGGUCUCGGAGGUCAUGCCGGUCUUGGAGGCUCCGCUGGCAUUGGUGGCUCUGGAUCAGCCACUGGCGAAGCUGACGCCUCUGCUUCGGGCAGUGCAGGUCUUGGAGGCCACGCCGGUCUCGGUGGCUCUGCAGGUAUCGGCGGUUCAGCUGGCAUUGGUGGCUCGGGCUCUGCCGGGCUCGGCGGCUCUGCUGGUGUUGGAGGUUCUGGAUCUGCCUCAGCCUCUGCUGGACUUGGGGGCCACGCUGGCUUAGGCGGUUCCGCUGGUCUAGGUGGCUCUGCUGGCAUUGGUGGCUCAGGAUCCGCUACCGGGGAAGCUGGCGCGUCUGCUUCCGGUGCUGCUGGUCUUGGUGGCUCCGCUGGCGGCUCUGCUGGUCUCGGUGGCUCUGGCUCUGGCUCUGCUGGCAUCGGAGGAUCUGCUGGCGGCUCUGCUGGUCUUAGUGGCUCUGCUUCCGGCUCCGCUGGUGGCUCUGCUUCUGGUUCCGCUGAAGGUUCCGCUGGUCUUGGCGGCUCCGGUUCCGCUGAAGGCUUUACUUCUGGCUCUGCUUCUGGCUCUGCUUCUGGCUCUGCUUCUGGCUCUGCUUCUGGCUCUGCUUCUGGCUCUGCUUCUGGCUCUGCUUCUGGCUCUGCUUCUGGCUCUGGCUCUCUCGGCGGCUCCGGCUCUUUCGAUGGCUUGUUUCCGUCUGCCACCCCCAUCUGGAGAGGACUGUGGCUGUGA